AUGCCUAAUCUCCAAUCCUACACUGUCGGCUGGAUAUGCGCUAUUCCCACCGAGUUGGCUGCCGCCCGCACCUUUCUCGAUGAAAAACAUGCCACCCCUGAAGCGGUCUCACGGAAUGACAACAACAGUUACACUCUCGGAACGAUUGGAAAGCACAACAUUGUCAUUGCUGUUAUGCCUAAGAGAGAGUAUGGUAUUGCUGCUGCCGCUACCGUGGCGAGAGACAUGGUCCACAGCUUCCCUAAUAUCCGUAUUGGAUUGAUGGUUGGUGUUGGAGGCGGCGCCCCAAGCAAACAACACGACGUACGCCUCGGCGAUGUGGUUGUCGGAAGUCGUGAUGGUGGAAAAGGCGGCGUCAUUCAGUAUGACUACGGCAAGAUGAUGCAGAAUCAGGCCUUCGUUGAAACCGGGAGCUUAAACCAACCGCCACCAGCCUUGCUAAACGCCGUUGCCGCACUCGAGACCGAGUAUAUGAUGCAGGGCCCUGAACUCGACUCCAAGGUCGAAAAGGCCUUGACUCCAUGGAAACGACUUCAGAAAACACACUCACGCCCGCCUGCAAGUGCCGAUCGGCUCUACACACCAGACUUCGCCCACCCGCUCGAGUCUUCUGCACCUUGCUCUCAGACAUGCCCCGCAAACACCGCCAAUAUCAUUUCUCGAGACGAACGGGGUGAACACGAAGACAGCCCUACUAUCCAUUAUGGACUAAUUGCUUCCGCAAACCAGGUGAUGAAGAAUGCCAAGAUACGAGACAAACUUUCGGCGGAAAAGGGCGUCUUAUGCUUUGAGAUGGAAGCAGCCGGCCUGAUGAACCACUUCCCGUGCUUGGUUAUCCGCGGUAUAUGCGAUUACUCUGACUCGCACAAAAACAAGGAGUGGCAAGGCUUCGCGGCUAUGACGGCUGCAGCAUACGCGAAGGAUCUUCUACUUCAGAUUGCGCCAACCAGUGUCGAAGCUGAGAAGCCAAUUAGCGAAGUACUUGGUUCUAUUCAUAAAGAUGUACAGCGGUUGAACCAGACGACAAAUGAGACAAAGAUGGCAGUUGAGACAAUGCAUUCUGAGCAAAGGGUUUUCUAUGUCGACCUUCAACAAGGUAUACAAGAUCUCAAGCUCAGCAAAGUUGAAGACCUUUCUAUUGCCCGCAAUCCUCAUUUCGUUGUACCGUUUCCUUCCGAUCCCCAUUUCGUGAGCCGGUCCGACAUCUGGACAUGGAUUGAAAAGCAAUAUGCUGGGCCUGAAAGCCGCUUCGCUCUUGUGGGCAUGGGCGGAUUUGGCAAAUCCCAGAUGGCCAUCCAAUUCGCUCACCACCUCCACGCUACCUCACCCAAAACCAGCGUCUUCUGGGUCCACGGAAGCACGAAGGCGACAUUCGAAGAGUCCUAUCGCUCUAUAGCAGAAGUGCUAGCGCUGCCCCGUCGCCACGACUCUGACGCCAAUGUCCUACUACUGGUCCGCGACUGGCUACAAAGAGAGGAUGUAAGCCCGUGGCUGAUGAUUGUCGACAAUGCAGAUGAUGUCAAGAUGCUAAUCUCCAAGAAUACUGAUGAAACGUAUCUAUCGUAUCUACCUAAGAGAGAAAACGGCAAGAUCCUGAUCACGUCGCGCAGCUGGGACGCCGCGGACGAGUUGACUGGUAACGUCAAGAUGAUUUUCAGGGUCCCAACAAUGGAGGAAGCACAGGCACUACAACUCUUUCAAAAGAAAAGUGGCCGAGAUGAUAACGACGCUGCUGUGUUGCGCCUGAUCGACACCCUCGACUAUGUUCCGCUCGCCAUCAACCAAGCAGCCGCGUACAUAUACACACGAAGUCCUCGGGUGACCGUUGAGUCGUAUUUGGAGGAAUUCCGCAACAGCGAAAACCGAAAAGACUUACUGCUUCGCCUCAAUACAGGAGACAAUCGACGUUACGCAGGCGUGUCCAAUUCCGUUGUAGUGACGUGGCAGUUAACGUUUGAACAAAUCAAACGGGAGCAGCCGCGGGCGGCGAACCUUCUUUCACUGAUGAGCUUUUUCCAAGCACAAAAUAUCCCAGAGUAUAUGUUGCACAACUAUAACAGCGGCAACACAGAUUCUAAAGAGGCCAAUGAUAGGCAUGGGGAAACCAGCGGUGUCGACUUCGAGGAUGACCUGGACGUGCUCCGGGGCUACUCACUCGUUACCAUGACAGCAACGCCGGGUGUCUUAGAGAUGCACUCGCUACCUUUAUUGGACAAACCGCCGUCAGAAGAACGCAACCGCCUGGAAUGGAGCAAGUUACUAACGAAUGUGUCGUGGUACUUGGUGAUGCUUGGCAACUAUUCUAGGGCAGAGGUUUUAGUACAAGACGCUAUUAGGAUCAGGACGGAAAGACUAGGAGAGGAGGAUCCCUUGACGCUGACGAGCAUGGCCAACCUGGCGUCGACGUACAGCAACCAAGGCCGAUGGAAGGAAGCCGAGGAGCUGGAGGUGCGGGUGAUGGAGACGCGAAAGAGGGUGCUUGGAGAGGAGCAUCCCGACACGCUGACGAGCAUGGCCAACCUGGCGUCUACAUACAGGAACCAAGCCCGAUGGAAGGGAGCCGAGGAGCUAGAGGUGCGGGUUAUAGAGACAAGUUUGAGGGUGCUUAGAGAGGAGCAUCCCAACACGCUGACGAGCAUGGCAAACCUGGCGGCGACGUAUGAGAACCAAGGCCAAUGGAAGGAGGCUGAGGAGCUAUUUUUGCGGGUGAUAGACACAAGAAAGAGGGUGCUUGGAGAGCAGCAUCCCUCGACGCUGACGAGCAUGGGCAACCUGGCGUCAACGUAUAGCAACCAAGGCCGAUGGAAGGAAGCCGAGGAGCUGGAGGUGCGGGUGAUGGAGAUGAGAAAGAGGGUGCUUGGAGGGGAGCAUCCUGAUACGCUAAUAAGCAAGGACAACCUGGGGUCAACGUUUUUGAACCAAGGUCAGUGGAAGGAGGCUGAGGAGCUAUUUGUGCGGGUGAUGGAGACAAGUUUAAGGGUGCUUGGAGAGGAGCAUCCCGACGCGCUGACGAGCAUGGCUAACCUGGCGUUAACGUUUUGGAGCCAAGGCCGAUGGAAGGAGGCCGAGGAGCUGGAGGUGCGGGUGGUGGAGAUGAGGAAGAGGGUGCUUGGAGAGGAGCAUCCCCACACGCUGCUGAGCAUGGCCAACCUGGCGUUAACGUUUUCGAACCAAGGCCGAUGGAAGGAGGCCGAGGAGCUGGAGGUGAGGGUGAUGGAGAUGAGGAAGAGGGUGCUUGGAGAGGAGCAUCCCUCAACGCUGAUAAGCAUGGGCAACCUGGCGUUGACGUUUUGGAACCAAGGCCGAUGGAAGGAGGCCGAGGAGCUGGAGGUGCGGGUGAUGGAGACGAGGAAGAGGGUGCUUGGAGAGGAGCAUCCCGACACGCUGACGAGCAUGUACAACCUGGCUGAUACUUGGAAAUCUCAGAAUCGGUGGAAAGAUGCGAUUCAGCUUCUGCAGCAUUGUGUUCGCCUCAGAGGGAACGUUCUUGGUAUGGAUCACCCAGAUACUAUAUUUGCCGUAUCAGCCCUGUCGAACUGGGAACUAGAGUUCAGGGAAACUAGUCAUAAGUUUCUAUAA